UCCAUUUUAAAAUAUUAAAUUGAUCACAUUACAUCUUAAAAAAAAAAAUGUUACUUCCGUUCAUUUUCUAAAGAUCCACAAUAUGGAAUUUAAAACCAUUAUCUUUACCAAAUGAAGAAAACAUUAUUAUAUUUAUCCUUCAAUCUCUUCUUUCAAAAACUCUCAAUUUGAACAAAAAUUUCUCUCUUAUUGCCAUUACACCAUAUUUCUCUAUUCUCUUUGAGAAUGGAAAACCUGACCGAAUCAAGAACUCAGCUUCUGUUCAUAUUAUCUGCUCUCUUUAUCACGUGUGCAUGGCCGUACACUGCUGCUGUUACUAGUCAGGGACUUGUCAUCGGCUUCACAACGACACCAAAUCCAUCAGUAUCCUCGUUUCAAUCUGUAUUAAACGACUCAACAGGCAAUUUCUCGCUGGGUUUUCUCCGAGUCAAUCGAACCCAACUUGCAAUCGCAGUUGUUCAUCUCCCUUCUCUCGAACCGCUUUGGCAGCCCAAGCCCACAACCUUGGCUCGCUGGUCGGACCGAACCCAGUUUUUCUUCAAUGGCAGUCUGGUAGUAUCUGAUUCACACACAGGAUUAACAUGGUCAACUGAGACACAAGGUGACAAGGUUAUUCUUCUCAAUACCUCAAAUUUGCAGAUACUGAAACAUGAAGCUUCUGUCUGGCAAAGUUUUGAUUAUCCGACAAAUACCCUCGUGGAGAAUCAGAAUUUAACAUCAGAUAUGUCUCUUGUUUCAUUAAAUGGAGUUUAUUCUCUUCGUUUAGGAGAGACUUUCAUGGCUCUGUAUGCUAAGUUUGAUCAUAACUCUAACCAAAUGUAUUGGAAACACAACGCGCUUGAAGCAAGAGCAGAUAUAGUUGAAGGAAAAGGCCCGUUACUGGCUCGAGUUGAGUCAGAUGGAUAUUUAGGUAUGUACCAAAAUGAAACAGCACCAGUUGACAUCCAAGCUUUUAACAGCUAUCAGCGCCGUAUCAGCCGGUUCCUUUUUCUCCGGUUAGAACUUGACGGUAACCUCCAAGGAUAUUUCUGGGAUGGAAACAACUGGGUAUUGGAUUAUCAAGCAAUUGCUGAUACUUGCCAGUUGCCUAACCCUUGUGGUUCCUACAGUUUGUGUAGACCCGGGUCGGGUUGUUCCUGUUUGGAUAACCGAACACAUUUUAGUUCUAGCCAGUGCUCUCCUAUUGUAUCAACUGCUAACUUCUGUAAUGGUAUCAGUGGCGGAGCGGAAGAUAGGAGAUACAAAAACGACCUGUCGGUUUUGAGAAGAAGAGGUGUGGAGUUGCCAUUUAAAGAAUUAAUGAGUUAUAAAACGACAUCGUCUUUAGAAGAAUGCGAGGGCAUAUGUCAAAGUAAUUGUAGCUGUUGGGGUGCGGUGUACAAUAAUGGAUCCGGGUUUUGUUACUUUGUGGAUUAUCCGAUCCAAACAGUGGUGGGUGUGGGUGAUGAGAGUAAAGUAGGGUAUUUUAAAAUGUGGAAAGGUCAAAAGAAGAAAAAAGAAGUGGGUGUUGGGAUUGGUGUAGGGAUCUUAAGUGGGGCUAUUUUGAUAUUGAUUGGUGCAAUUGGGUUUGGGGUCUUUAGGAUGUGGAAAAGAAGAAGAGGAGUUAAAGGGAUAUUUGAAGAGGAAAACGGGGUAUCACCCGGCCCGUAUAAGGAUCUCGGUUCGGCUAGUUUUAGAUCGAUUGAGAUGGGUCGUAGAUAAUGACGUAAGGGAUGACAUAUACUGAAAAGAUUGGUGGGAUAGGGUUUGACUGAUUGUAUUACUAAGAACAGGAAGAUCAUGGCUUAACACUUUGGUUCUUGCAGUGAUCGUGGGAUGUGGGGCCCUGAUUAAGUUAUUGGGAAGUGGGUCCAUGUUUAUCAAGAAUCAAAUAUUUUACUCUUUAUUUUUAUUUUUGGUGAGAAGAGUCAAUAUUAAAUAUGUCUGUACAGUUUGUGCUUCUAGAUAUUGUUCAUGUGCCCCACGUGACAAGUUCUCAAGGUUGGUAACUUGGCGCCCCCAUGAAGAGCUGUUUGGAAGAGAAGAAAAUUGAUGAAGAAAAAGGAGGAAAGAAAGUCAAAAAGAAAAGAAAAAAAGUCUCAACCUUGCUAUUUUGAUCGAUUUUGAGAAUGACCCUUUUGCUUGUUUUUCUAUUUUGAUCAUAUUGUACUUUAGUCUUUUUAAUUGUUUGAUUGUUCACUUACAAAUUUUAUUUUUUAUUAAUAAGAUUUUCAAGGAGAGUAAAUAA